CACAGUUAGACAUCAUUAAUAAACACAGAGCUGUAUAAUAACGGCGCUUAUUUUUUCUAAGUGCUGUUUUUGAGUUUCUUCCAGGUUUUUUCUACAAUAGACAUGUUGUGUCGUACAACAUAUAUAACCAAUAAACACGCACGAACGAUAGCAUCAUGCGUUACCUAAGCAUUGUUGCAGUUGCUAUGAUGACGAUGAAUGUGUUCGGCAGCGACCGAAGCACUUCUGACGACAAGCGAGCCAGAAGAAGUCCCCGCAGCGACUCGCGGCUUGCUUACCAUCUAGAGUCGCAUAGAUUUCAUUGAAUGCCCCACUUAAUGCACCAGGCAAUAGUAAUUCUGCUCUCCGAGUAUUUAUGGGCGCAGACCGCUUCAGACCGUAAUGCUGCUUUGAACUCCGCCUUUGUACAGGGACUAAAGAAUGCCACCUUGGACCCAGAAGCAUUUGGAAACUACAUGAUACAGGAUUCUCUGUUUUGUUAUGCGGUCAAAAACAUCAUCGACAUCGCUCUCAAGAACGCAACUGAUCCCGCCGUGUGGAAAUUUUUGAAUGCUACUGGAGCAUCCUACGAAAGCUACUACCAGAGUAUGUUCGAAACCUGGUCCAUCGCAAAUGCCUCGGGUGUCAAGUCGGGCCCGGCCUUGAGCAGGUACUUGAACCACGAGCUCAACGUGGCUACUACCAUGGACUCGAUCUACGUCGUUGUUACCCUGAUACCGUGUGCGAAGUUGUGGCCUUGGCUUGGAGAGCAACUAAAUGUCAACUCGAGCUCAUUUGGCGUCUAUGAUUCCUGGGUCAAGACGAACUUCGGGUAUUCAAGCGAAUAUAAAACGUACGAGACACUGAUCAACAACGCCGAAACAUGGGGUCACAUAGAUAGGCACAGAGCUCUAGAGGCUUACAGAGGAAGUAUGAGUGGGGAAGCCGAUUUCUUCAAUACAAUCAAGACCGUUUAGAGAACUACUUUUCUUGGGAAUCGCAUAUAGGCCCGUUUUCGGUCAUUCGAAUAUUCUUUCCCAACCGUAGUGUUAACUCUUGACAUUUAUUAUUAUGAACAAUACAAGGUAAUGACUAGUUAUUUGAAAAUGUGUUCCCAUUCCUUGUGUUUAAUUGUUAAAACAACUCUAACAAAUGAAUUAAAGUAAAUUAUUUCAA